AUGAUUCUGUUUAUCCCAGAGCCAGACUCAGACGGUCCCCCUUAUGAGUUCUCUGACCUACAUCUCAGCGAUACGGCGUACCCGAACCAACAAGAUGACACGAGGCGGGCCACGGGGAACCACACUGAGGCCAGCACUAGUGCAGGCCAUCAAGAAGAAAGUCCGUACGUGGACGUGGAUUCGGUCCAGAUGUCGUCACAGGACAUCCACACCCCGGUCCUGAUUGGAAGAACCAUGGCGGAAAUCAUUACCCCUGACGCCACACAGACAGACGGUGACGGGGGACGUUACAACAACGUACUGGUGACGUCACCGGUGUCAAGAGCAGCACCAGGAGGUCAAGGUCAAACCCACAAUCCUGGCACGUAUGACGUCAUUGCAGAUCCAGCCAGGGAAGCUUUUGCACGUAAAUAUGUUUGCUGUGAACUUUGCUGGCAAGAAAAGAAAUACAAUUACAAAAUGGACCAUCUUCAUGAAAGUUUCCUUUUCUAUGUUUAUUUUUUUUUACUAGAGGAGGAAGAGAAGAAAAGUCUUGGGUGGCAAG